AUGGGGAAGACAACUGUGUACCUCGACAUCAGCAUCGGCAACAAGGCUGGAGGGAGACUGGUCUUCGAACUGUUCACAGACAUCACGCCGAAAGCUGCUGAAAACUUCAGGGGUCUGUGCACGGGCGAGUAUGGCCUCUCAGGACGAACGGGAAAGCCACUGCAUUACUUGGGCUCUUCGUUCUUCAGAAUCGUCCCCGGUGUCCUCAUUCAAGGAGGCGACGUCCAAAACAACGACGGCACUGGCGGCGAAUGCGUCUGGGGAGGGACCUUCCGCGAUGAAAACUUCGUUCGCCGACACGCUCAAGCAGGGUGCUUGGCAAUGGCCAACAACGGCCGCCACACGAACGGAAGCCAAUUUUACAUCACUUUGAAGAAGGCCUCUGCGCUCGACAACAGACAUGUAGUGGUUGGCCAGCUUGUCGAGGGCAUGGAGCUCCUCCGCGCCAUGCAGCUCGUGCCUAUCGAUGCGAAAACUGGAACGCCGAAGGUCUCCAUUGUCAUUGCAGGAUGCGGCGAACUGGGUGUCGCUGUGCGACGUCUGGACGCGAUGAGCACAACGCGUAUGCAGUUGAACGACAUGAUGGAAAAGCAUGUGAAGGAGCAACUGAAGAAGGAAGAAGAAGCUCACAAGUUUGCUGAGAGCGACAGCGAGGGAAGCAGCAGCAGCGGGAGCAGCGAGAACGAGACAGCUGAGCACCGACGCAGGCGACAGCGGUUGAAGCGGAAGAAACAGAGAUACCUCAAGAGCGCGUUGUUCAAAGGCGAAGCGUUGUUCAAGCAGAUCCAACAGGAGGCGGCGCACGAGUUAAAGGACAAGUACGCAGGGUUGCUCGUGGACGAGAGAAAAGAGGACGAGAGAGCACUCAGCGACGAGGGCGACGAGGGCGAAGAGAGGGAGAAGAAAGCCUCUGGCGACAAACAGGAAAAGACAGACAGCGAAGAAACAGGCGAGUCUCGGAAAAAGAAAGGCAGUGCUAGACAGGAAGAGAUCGACGUCAUGCUUCUUGGGGAGAGCGACGAGAGCGACAAGAGCGACGACAGUGGAGCUUCCGGAGGCGAAGAGAAGAAACGACGCCUUCUUGCUCUAAGAAUGAAGAUAAACGAAGGACGGAAGCUCAACAACAAGGAAGUUCUCGAAGAGAAGCGCAUCUGGCAUGACCCUCAGUACGAGAAGAAGAAGGCCGAGGCGCUGGUCCGGGCGACUUUGCGACAGAUGCAUGGCGAAGAGGCAGAGAAGAAGGCGCGCGAGGGGAAGAAGGAAGGAAGGCAAGGAGGCGAAAGCGGCGACGAAGACGCCGAGGAGUCUCGUCGACGGAGAGGCUACUUGAACGAUGCCGCGGCUCUGAUUGCAGACAAAGCGCUCAAAGAAGAAAAGCGAGGACAGAAGACUUUCGGUUGGGACGUCUUUAACCAAGACGCCCUGUACAGAGCUCACAAAAAGCGAUUGGCGGAGGUUACUUUCAAGGAAGACGAAUACCGCAAACAGAAGGAGGCUCUUGGAGACGUUUUCUACGACCCUGCCUCUGCGCUGGUCACCUCCGACUUCAAGGCCUCGGAAGCUGCCAAAGACAGGCUCGUGAACAGCAUCGAGAAUGCGCAGAAACGCCGCAAGAACUUCAGCAGAAGACGAAUCUUCAACGAAGGCGACAACGUGACCUACAUCAACGAGAGAAAUAGAAUUUACAACGAGAAACUCGAGAGAGCUUUCGGCGAGAGCUCUCUGGAGAUCCGCCAGAAUCUAGAGCGCGGCACAGCUCUCUAAAUAAGUGCGAAUGCUCUGCUUGUCACAAGGCAAACGAACGCCUUUCGUGGCGGAAGUGGGGUGUACAUACACCCCAGACGUCCGCUAAAAGCGCGACAAGAAAAAAAGAGGGAUGGAGAGACACGGACGGGGAUGCCAAACAGAAGUAUUUCGGGUUCCCAAAAAUUCAGGAAAAAAGAAACAAAUGUACAGAAGAAGUAGGCGGCUUUGUCCUGUGAUCUGGUCGAAUCCGCAUGUGCCUUCGUGUUGCAAAUAGUCUUCUUGUGUUCUUGAACGAGGCAUCUCUCUUCUUCGAAGGAGAUAAAGACAGGACGACGAAAAAGAAAAACGCACCUGGGGGGCAGUCAUGGGUAUCUUUGUCUGUU